AUGAUUGUUGAUUCUACAAAACAAACCUAUGGUACGGAACAAUAUAGAAUCCAAGAUCCAUCUAAUGUCCAUACUCCAUUACCUAACCAAUUUGAAGGAAUCUCAAAACUUGUUCUUCAAGUAGAUACUACUUUAAAUGAUGUUGAAGAAUUGCUCUUACCUGAACUAUCUGUACAUGGUCUACUCUUGAAACACAACAUUAGUGAUUACACAAUUCCUAUUCCUUAUGAACAAUCACUGCAGUGCUUCAUUGACAACGCUCAUAAAUUUGACUCUAAUAAUCCUUUAGUUAUAACUUUACAGUUCAAAUUAGGCAUAAAUGAUAACGGAACAAGUAUGUUUGAUCUCUUAGAAAAAAUGAAUAAAUGUGCUAGAUUAGGCAGCUUCAAAUUUAAGGUUUACAUUUAUAAAUCAGUUGGAGAUGAACCAUGUCAUAACUAUAAAAUUCCUCCGCCAAGUUUGUUCAAACAAUUAAAUGGAAUAAUUGGUUUCAGAUUCGAAACUGACAAUAUAAGAUAUCUCAUAGAUUAUCAUGAUAUAUGGAAAGAGAUGUUAAAAAUAUCUUUAGGUUGGCUUGAAGGAGAACCACUUGAAGAGCUUUAUAUUGGCCAACGUAUUAUAAUAAUUGAUGAUAUAACUCAUCUUUAUUUUCCCAAUCUUGAAACUAUAGGCUUUGAAUGCAAGGAUUACAUUACAAGUUAUAAUUUUUCUUUUUUCAUUAGAAAACAUAGGUCCAUUAUCAAAAACUUAGUUUUGAGAGAUUUUGUGAGUCCUAUCGAUGUUUUGCUUGGAGAUACAUUAUUAGAAAAUCUUACGCUAAUCGGGUAUUUUUUUAUAGAUGAGGAUAAUAUUACUCACUUUACUACUUAUGUGAAAACUUUAACUAUAUUAGGGUUGGAUAAUAUGCCCGAACUAGAAGUUUCAAAUCUUGAUUUUAAAGAAUUGAUUAUACCUUGCAAUAAAGAAAAUGAUGAUAAUGAAUAUAAAGAAAGCAUUAUUGCGGCAGCUUCUUCUGAGCAUUUCAUUAUUACACAAAUUCCAAGUUUACCUUGCCAUGAACGUCAUUCAGCCCAUAUUAUGUCCAAUUAUAUAAAUCUUCUUUACAUUUACUACGAAAAAUAUGGAGAACCAAUCCCUCCAAAUUUGAUAACAAAACCAAAAGAAAUAGCUGAUUUGUUAAAUGAAACCAGUCUAGAAUAUUUUGAUAUAUUUGAAGAAGAAGAUGAUGAUGAUGAUGAUGAUGAUGAUGGUUAUGAUUAUGGUUAUGAUACUGAUAAAACAAUAAUGGCCUACUACUCAGAUAUAAUUGAUGAUUCUGAUGAAGAUGGUUAUUAUUCAGAUGAAACUUUGGUAGAAGACGAAUGA